UCUGUUGAUUGCUGCUGUAGAAUCAAAAAGAGAUGGGUAGAAAAUCGUCCUUACCGAAGGGUAAAGAUAAAGUCAUCGACGGCAAAGCCUCGUCGGCCGGAAAAAGAAAGCGCGACGGUUACGAUGAGGAUAAAACCGGUGACCGGAAAAGGAAGGGUGUACUUCAGUUCGUUGACGACGCUGCUUACGAGGUCGACGACGACGACGACGACGACGACUUCGAUUUCAGCGACGACUCCGAUUUCUUCGACGAAGAUUUUCUUGAGGAAUUUAGAAGUAAUGUUGAAAUCAAGAAUGAACCUGUGAGAACACCCCAACCCCCAGUGAUCAAAGAGGAGGAAUUGGAUGGAGAAGAGCUGGAGAAGAUGUUAAGGGAGCGUUAUAGACCAGGUUCUAGCUUUGUUACUUAUGCAGAUGAUAGUGAUGAGAAGAAGAGACUAUUUGAGCAGGACACACUUGUGCCUUCUCUCAAGGAUCCAACUAUAUGGAAAGUUAAAUGCACGGUUGGAAGAGAAAGGCACUCAACCUUCUGUCUUAUGCAGAAGUACAUAGACUUGCUUGCUCUAGGAACAAAGCUGCAGAUAAUUUCCGCUUUUUCACUUGAUCAUGUAAAGGGAUAUAUUUAUAUUGAGGCUGACAAACAAUCUGAUGUCUACGAGGCGUGUAAAGGCCUUUGUAGUAUAUAUUCAAGUAGAGUGGCACCUGUUCCAAAGAAUGAAGUUUCUCAUUUGAUUGCUGUGCGGAGCAAGUCUUCUGGGAUUUCUGAGGGUAUGUGGGCACGUGUCAAAAGUGGAAUAUACAAGGGCGAUCUGGCGCAGGUUGUGGCAGUGAAUGAUUCACGGAAGAAAGUGACGGUGAAGCUGAUUCCAAGAAUAGACUUACAAGCCAUUGCCGACAAAUUUGGUGGAGGAGUUGCUGCAAAGAAGGGAGUUAUCGCAGCACCAAGACUAAUUAGCUCUACAGAGCUUGAAGACUUUCGGCCCCUCAUACAAUACCGGAAGGAUCGGGAUACAAACCUAAUGUUUGAAAUUCUAGACGGAAAGAUGCUGAAGGAUGGUUAUUUAUACAAAAAAGUGGGCACUGAUUCAUUGAGCUAUUGGGGUGUAAUGCCUACUGAAGCUGAACUCCUGAAGUUUGAACCUUCUAAAAGUGAUGGACCCCAGGAUGUAGAGUGGCUUACCCAGCUAUACGGUGACCGGAAGAAAAAGAGAAUCAUAAAUGAUUUCAAGGUUGGUCAGAAAGGAGGUGAGAAAGGAGAGGGUUCUUCAAGCUCUAGCAUUGAAAACAAUUUUGAAGUAGAUGAUCUUGUAUUUUUUGGUAGGAAUGAUUUUGGCAUUAUUAUUGGCAAGGAGAAAGAUGAUAGCUUUAAGAUCAUGAAAGAUGGUUCAGAGAGACCUGUGGUAGUGAGCAUUCAACUGCGUGAGUUGAAGCGUGCAUCUUUUGAUAGGAAGCUAUUCACCGUGAAAGAUCAGCUAACCAAUACCAUCUCAGUUGGUGAUAUGGUUAGAGUUUUGGAUGGUCCCUUGAAGGAUAGACAAGGAAUUGUUAAGCAGAUCUAUAAAGGAGUCGUCUUUCUAUAUGACCAAAGUGAGCAGGAUAAUAGUGGUUAUCUCUGUGUCAAAGGUCAGAUGUGUGAAAAAAUUACAGGCAAUGAUGGUGUAUCAAAUGAGAAGGGUAGUGAGCCUGGUCCCUCAGGUUUUGCAGAUUUCUCAUCAUCCCCUAAAUCCCCUCUUUCGCCUGAGAAAUCUUGGAGAGCGAAGGAUGAUAACUGCAGCUUCAAGCGCGAUGAUAAAGAUGGAAUAUUUACUGUUGGUCAGACUCUAAGAAUCCGAGUGGGGCCUUUGAAGGGAUAUCUUUGUCGUGUAGUAGCCAUUCGACGUUCUGAUGUUACAGUAAAGCUUGAUUCCCGGCAAAAAAUUCUUACAGUUAAAUCUGAACACCUGGCGGAAGUUCAUGGAAAGAGUUCUGUCACGUCUCUUGGGGUCGAUGGUGAUUCUGCAAAACCUUUUGACCUGCUUGGAACACAGGAUGGUUCUCAAGAUUGGAUGGUUCAGGGGGCCACAGAAACUGAGGGUAACGCCGAGAAUGCAGGAGCAUCAUCCUCUGCUGAAAGGAGUUCUUGGCCUGCUUUUCCUGCUGUUGCUGGCUCCGGGCAAGAUGAUGGCUGGACAAAACCUGAUGGUUGGGCGAAAGGUACUUCUACUGCUGGCGCUACUAGUGCUGUGUCUGACGGCUGGGGCAAAAAGGUUGAAUCACAUCAAGAGAGCACCGAGAAGGUUAUGGAUGAUCCUUGGGGAUCUGUGCAAAAACAAGAGAAAAAUGAUGACUCGGGCAAAACCUCAUGGAGCAAGCAGGAUGCUGGAUCUUCUUGGAGUAAGCAUGCAAAUCCAGAGACUGACUGGAAAAAGCAAGAUGGUGGAGCGAACAAGACAGAUAGAAAGGCCUCUUGGAGCCAGCAGGAUGCUGGAACUGAUGGUGGAUCCUCUUGGGGUGCGCAAGUGGGAGUAUCUUCUUGGGGUAAGCAAUCUGAUGCAAAUGCAGAGACUGGCUGGAAAAAGCAAGAUGGUGUAUCAAAUAAGACGGAUAGCAAAACCUUGUGGAGCCAGCAGGGUGCUGGUUCUUCUUGGAAGAAAAGUGAUGGUGAAGGUGGAUCCUCUUGGACUAAACAAUCUGAUGCCACUGCGGAGACUGACUGGAAAAAGAAAAAUGAUGGAUCUGGCUGGAAAAAGCCAGAUAGCAAUGUUUCGUGGAGCCAGCAAGAUGCUGGGUUUUCUUCGAAGAAGAGUGAAGGUGAAGGUGGAUCUUGGAGUAAGCAAUCUGAUGCUAAGGCAGAGAAUGACUGGAAAAAGCAAGAUGAUGGAUCUAGUAGCUGGGGUGGUGGUACAGACCAAGAAGGGAGCUGGGGAAAGCCAAGACAAUUUGAUGGAGGUCGUGGAUCAGGUGGCAGGAGAGGACGAGGUGGUUGGCGAGGGGGUCGAGAUCAAAGUGGUAGAGGAAGAUCUUUUAAUCAAGGACAGUCUAGUAGCUGGACUACUGAAGGUGAAGGCAACAAUAAUUCUAGUAAUGUAGAAUUUAAGGGGAACCGGUCUAGUUGGAAUAGUUCGCAGGAACAUGGUUGGGGAAAAGUUAACGAUGACACCAGUAUUGCUGGUAAUCAAUCAUCUGAUUUUCAGAGUGGUGGUGGUUGGAAUGCCUCCAAACCAUCAAAUGAAGGAUGGUCUUCUGGUUGGAAUAAGAAUUCAGCCUCAAAGGAGGUAGGAGGUUCUAGUGGAAACCAGUCUGAUUGGGACAAAAAAUCUGGUGAAUCUGGGAGCAAGCAGUCAGCUGGUUGGGACAAUAAGAUCACUCAGAAAGAGUCAGCAGGAAACUCCUCUGCCUGGAAUAGCAAAGCCGCAGUCGAUAAUGAAGACACCAGUAUUGCUGGUAAUCAAUCAUCUGAUUUCCAGAGUGGUGGUGGUUGGAAUGCAUCCAAACCAUCAAAUGAAGGAUGGUCUUCUGGUUGGAAUAAGAAUUCAGUCUCAAAGGAGGUAGGAGGUUCUAGUAGAAACCAGUCUGAUUGGGACAAAAAAUCUGGUGAAUCUGGGAGCAAGGAGUCAGCUGGUUGGGACAACAAGAUCACUCAGAAAGAUUCAGCAGGAAACUCCUCUGCAUGGAAUAGCAAAUCUGCAGUCGAACAAGAUGCCAAUGGGAAAAAUCAAUGGAGUGGUAAAAGAACUUCAGAUGGAGGUUCAUCUACAGGAUGGGGUCAAAGUAAUUUGUGGAAGGGCGGAAAGGAGGAUGCCGUUGGAAAUCAAGAUUCCUGGAGCAGCAAAAGUAACUGGAAUUCUGGCAGUGGUUUUGGUGGCAACGACCAGCAAUCUGAUUCUUAUGGUGACCGGGGAAGAGGUGGUAGUUGGAGGGGAGGCCGUGGUGGAUCAGAUAGAGGUGGAUACGGAGGUAGGGGUGGUUCAGAUCGCGGUGGCUUUGGAGGAAGGGGAGGUUUUAGAGGUAGAGGGGACAGGGGAGGUUUUAGAGGUAGAGGAUUGGAUGGGGGAGGAUUUCGUGGUAGAGGGCGUGGAAGGAGGGAUGAAAGUGGUGAAUGGCAGAAUAGAACUGAUUCGCAGGAAGAUAAACCCUAUGGUUGGAGCAAAGAGUCAGGCAGUGAUGCUGAAGGAUGGAAGUCUAACAAGGGCAGUUGGAGUCAAGGUAACAAUGACAGAGGGAGCUGGAAGAAUGCUGAUAGUAGAGGUAAUGCUAAUGAUGGUGGAUGGAAGAAAGGAUUCGACUCCGAAAAGAAUGGGAGUGGAACUGGUACUAGUGCCACCAGUUGGAAUACUCCAGGAAAUAGUUGGAAAACUUCUACUGCUACUACGGGAGGUACAUCUUUAGGGUGGGGUCAGCAGACAACUUUUAGUGAAAAGGAGGAUCAGAAUGGCAUGGGAACAAGUUGGAACCAGGGAACUGCUUCAGGAAAUGCCAGCACAGCUUGGACUGCAAACAAAUCAAAAGAAACAAGUGAUGGACCGGGUGAUGCAUGGGGUAAAGCAACCAGCUCUUGGGGCAAAGGAAACAGUUCUGGCAGCCAGGGAGGGGGUCAGCAGACAACUGUUAGUGGAAAGGAGGAUCAGAAUGGCAUGGGAACAAGCUGGAACCAGGGAGCUGCUUCAGGAAAUGCGACCACAGCUUGGACUGCAAACAAAUCCAAUACUGAGGAUGUGAACAAAUCAAAAGAAACAAGUGAUGGACCGAGUGAUGCGUGGGGUAAAGUAACCAGUUCUUGGGGCAAAGGAAACAGUUCUGGCAGCCAGGGAGGCUGGUGACAUCUUUGAACAGUAACUAUUUGUUAUUUUGCUAUGGAGGGUCGACCGGGUUAUCCAUGUAAAUGAUCUGGUUUUUGGCUUGUAAAAAGAACAAAGGAUGAACUUGUCUUUGGGGAAAGCAUGAAUGGGACUUUAGAUGCUAGUAGAUGUAUUAUAAGCUAUUGGACUUGAAUUGCAGAAUAUCAACUUCUGAAUGUUGGAUGUUUGAUAAUCUCUAACUUAAUUUUGCCUUUAGUGCAAACCAAGGAGUAAGCCAAAGUGAAUUAAUUUAAGAACAAGAAGUAUAACCUGGGUUGGUGCAUGGUGUUUCAA